AAUUGGUCAAAUGUCGAAUUAUUUAGGAAGAGAUUUGUCACGUCAUCUUUUGAAUGAGAAGGGAUUAUUCGCUGCCAGAUGGUCUCUUGAAGGAGAAGAUAAAGAGAAUACACCCAUAGUAACUAAUCUGUUAUAUCCGAAUGGGAAGAUAUCUAUCUUUUAUGAGAACAAUAUUUUUGAAAUUUCAAACACUACAGUGUACGGAAUCCGUGGAUUCUUUCAAUGUAAAACAGGUAAGACAGAACAUGAGAUAUCUGUUCCUUCAAAAUGGAUCAAAACUGGCACGUUAGUGGAGUAUGAAGUCAUUGGCACAAUUUGUCCAAUACACAAUUCAUUUGAAGCAUGUCGAAAAGCAACAACAUCGAAUGUAAAAUGUAUUUGGUGUGAGAAAUGGAACACGUGCAUCGACAGUCAUCAUCAGGAUAAUCAUUUCUUUAAAGUGAAUGAUUGCCAUUUUAAGAGCCCGGAUGUUAACGAUGUGAGUACAUCGACACCCGUCAAUCAAAACGGAACAACAUUUGGGAUCCCUGAAGUUCAGGUUGGAGGAAACGUCAAGGAAACUACCAAUGGAAAUGAACAAUACUCGAGCCCGGAUGUUAACGAUGUGAGUACAUCGACACCCGUCAAUCAAAACGGAACAACAUUUGGGAUCCCUGAAGUUCAGGUUGGAGGAAACGUCAAGGAAACUACCAAUGGAAAUGAACAAUACUCGAGCCCCGAUGUUAACGAUGUGAGUACAUCGACACCCGUCAAUCAAAACGGAACAACAUUUGGGAUCCCUGAAGUUCAGGUUGGAGGAAACGUCACGGAAACUACCAAUGGAAAUGAACAAUACUCGAAUGCGACCACUGAAAUAACUCAAGAAAGUGAACAGAACAAAUCACUUUGGUAUCUGUAUAUUGUUAUUCCUUCCGUCGUCUUCUUCUUUGCUGCAUGCAUCAGUUGUGUUAUUUGUAGAUGGUA